UCAAGAUGGCGACGAAGAACUGCCUGUACACUGGAAAACAAUAGAAAUAGCACAGUAGGGCAGAGUUUGAUUGUUUUGUUGUCUUGUUUUCUUUUUCAUCCGCAGUCUCAAAAGGAACGAGGAUCGGUCAGUGUUUUCUGUGGGAUGUACUACUAAUAAGAUAACAUUUGGGCAAAAGUGAAUGUAUCAUGCUUUGUUACCAAGCUAGUUAGCUAGCUAGCAAGCUGGCUACAUCCGUAGCGUGUGUAGCACUGCUAUCUAACUAGCUUUUCGUUCAGAGAGGGCUAGAGAAUCAGCUGUUAGCCAAAGAGCUACUUUUAAGAGUUUCAAAAGUUAGCUGGCUGAAGUUCUUCUGUGUUUAAAAUGGCUGGGUGUAUGUACUGUAGAAGGCGGUUGUAUUGAACUCCGAGGACACAGCGGAUUCUUUUUUUUUUUAAUUUUGUUGAGUGAGUGCAUAAGUAUCCACCGAGUCUUUAAAAUAUCUUACUGACUAUUGCCAGAUCAAACUUCUGAGCUAGGGACUCCGAAGAGUUUUCUUUUGGCAGUUAGCAGCUUGCUAACUAACAAAGCUCGUCUUGUUGUCGGUUUAACUUUUUAGUUUAUGCACAGGUGUUUUCUACACUUGCGUAUUCGUACUAACAUGUUUUAAUACCUUCUUUACUCGAGUUUGUUCUUGGGCAGUUUCGUCAGCAAAUUCGGUGGGUGAAAGUUGGAAGUCAGGGUGCUUCUGAGCUCUUGGUUUAGGAUUGCGAACAGCUCUAUGUUUAGGAGACCAAUGUUGCUGUUUUACCUUUAGCAGUUUGUUUGUGACAAGGUUCAACACUACUUACAUUAUCUAAUAGGUGGAUUUGUUUAAAUUGAUUCAUGAUGCACUGUAAAGUUGACUAACACCUCCGUCUUCGACUGUGAAUUUGAUUUCACUGUUGAUCGGUGGUGAAGUGCUAUGAUUUAUAAUAAGUUAUUGGUGAACGGGGUACUUCAAAGACUGCGAUUGAGCGCUUAAGAGUUUGUAAUUUAAGUAGUUGGCAGUUUGUAGAAGGGAGGUGUAGAGUAUUUACUGGCAAGACACUGCGAGAGUAUUUGUACCUAUAGUUCUCGAAAAGUUAACGUUACACGCUUAUGUAGUAAGGUAUUUAAUUAUGGGAACAUGUAACCUGUGUUGCUAGGAAAAGGCACUCGGUUAGAGUGCAGUUUCUUUUAAAAUCGCAUUUUAUACAGAGUACAAAGGACUCGCAGUGAAAGCGACAAAAAUGGUGGCAGUCGUGUGUGUUUUGUAAAAGGCAGGGGGUAGAGACACCCACUCAGUGAAGAAGCACAUUCCGCAUUAAAAGUUGCUUGUAUCCGGAGCACCGAAAUCCAAGCCCCGGCGAUUAAUAACACGAUCAUUGAUGAUGGCGGAUUUUGUCAUGCCGCGGCAUAGCGCGGUAAUGGAACGUUUACGCCGUCGAAUCGAACUCUUCCGACGGCACCACACCAGCUGCGAGAACCGCUACGACAACACGGCCAUGGAGCGGCUGGAAAUGGAAAGGCAGCAGACCCUUGCGCUGCAUCAACGGUGCCUGCAGACCAAGGCCAAACGGUCGAGUAAGCACAGACAGCCGCAGCCGACAUCCGAUCAAACGACUCCAAGAAGCUCCGGAACCGGAGGAGGCAACGCGGAGCUUGUCGACAGCGGGACGCCUGGAGAGCCAAGCAGAAACAGCACUUUAAUUGCGCUCCAGGAGACGGUGAAGAGGAAGCUGGAGAAUGCCGGUUCUCCGCUGGGCCGAGAUCCCAUCAACGGCUUCGGCGACGGCAGCGGCUACCCGCCCUCCAAGAAGUCCUGCAUGGAGGACGUGCUGAGCGGCCUCAACGGAGGCUCCAACGGCGCCAUGUCGCCUCUGGACAGUAAGCACGGCAUCAGCGUUGACGCCCUCGGCCACAACGGGACGCACGGCGGGGGCGUGGAGCAGAACGGCACGGGGUUGGGCGGGGAUGGCGUCGGGGGGCGGGGCUCGGAGCAGGACAUGCGUCUGCUGAAGGAGCUGAAGCAGGAACCCAUGGACGAACUCCUGCCCACGCCAGGAGGCACCGGCGGCAACAACAGCCUGUUCCCCGACCUCAACCUCAACGAGCAGGAGUGGUCCGAGCUGAUGGAGGAGUUCAAUCGCUCGGUGGACUACGAGGACAUAAAGGAUAUCUUUAACGACGCCCUCGAGAACGGCAAGGACCCCGAGCUGCCCCCUACCGGACCCCGGCAAACCUCAUCCCAGCAGCAACAACAACAACAGCAGCAGCAGCAACAACAACAGCAGCAGUCCAACCUGCUACCACCAGACCUGGCCAACAUCAAGACCGAGUUUCCCUCGGUGGGCUCCUCCUUUGACCACGAGCCGCGCACCUCCUCUCCCCACAUGAGGCCCACUCCCUCCGGGCCGAGCCUGCACACCAGCUCCCCCAUCGCUGGAGCCUCCGGCGCCUCCGCCGCUUCCUCCCCGGCCCUACCGGGGCCUCCGCAGCAGCAGCAGUCCCAGGCUCAGGUGCCGUCGCAAGGCCAGCCGCCUCGUCAGCUCCAGCCCAACCACCUGAUGCCGGGGCCCCCCAAGGAUCUGUCCCCAGCCCAGCAGCUCCAGCAGCUGGCUGCCCGUGAGCAACAGAGGGCCCAGAUGAUCCAGAGUCAACAGCAGCAGCAGCAGCAAGUGCAGAAGCAGCAGCAGCAGCAGCAGCAGCAGCAACAACAACAACAACAACAGCAGCAGCAGCAACGAAAACAACAACAGCAACAACAACAACAACAACAACAGCAGCAGCAGCAGCAGCAACAACAACAACAACAACAACAACAAGCACCCAAGUUCCACACGCCCCCCAACCACCCCUCGUCCUGGCCCCCUCAGGCGGCGCCCCCAACCCAGAGCCCUCUGGGGGGCUCCGUGUACGGGCUAGAGAAGCCCACCAGCCCCUCCCUGUACCCGCAGGACUUCCCCAACCCCAAGGCCAAAGCGGUGCCAAGCGCUGGGGGUUACAUGCAGCCUGGCGGGCACCCUGGCUUGAUGGGCCACCCGCCUCCUGGGCCUAUGGGGCACCCCCAGGGUGGCCCGGGAGGACCCCAGUCGGCCAUGCCGGACUACAACAACACCAAACCCCUCACCCACUUCGAGGCCGGUGCCCCAGUACCACCCCAGGGGCCCAAUCGCAAGCAGGUUCUGCUCUCCAUGAUGCGACAGCAGCAGCAGCAGCAGCAGCAACAACAGCAGCAAGCCAUGAAGCAGAAGGCAGGGCUCCCCUUCAGACCAACGCAUAUGCCGCAUCCACAGGACCAGGGAUCCUACCCGUCGGCGCCUCACGUCCCCGGCCCCGGUAACGCCAUGGCCAACCAGCAGGGGGGGAACCCCAUGGCCGGUAACCACGGCAACGCGGCGUACCUGAGCGGCCAGGCAGCCCAGGCCCAGGCCCAGGCCCAAGCCCAGGCCCUCAAGCAGCAGCAGCAGCAGAUGCAGUUGAUGGAGCAGCAGUACCUCAGGCAGCAGCAGCAGAGGCAACAGCAGCUGAUUGCUGGAGAGCAGGAGAAACAGCAGCAGCUCCAGAGGCACUUGACCCGCCCGCCUCCUCAGUACCAGGACCAACAGAAUCAGCCGGCCAAUCAGAACCCAUUCCAGCAGCAGACGCAGGUGUCCCAAUUUCCAGGUUCGUCUCAACCAAUGGGUAACGUGAACCCCCUGGGAGGCCCCGCCCCCAGCUCCCAGCGCAUGUUCCCCCAGAACCAGGCCAUGAUGGGGAUGGCUGGCGUGGGUCAGGGGGGUCCUGGUCCCGCUCCGGGAGCCCCACCGGCCGCCAGCCAGGCCGACCUGAGCCUGUCGUCAUGUGGCGGCGGCAGCAGCAUGGACGUGCUCUACGCCAACAUGCCCAUGCACCCAUCGCAGCACCCGGCCCAGCAGAGGCCCGGUGUGGGCGUGGGGGGCAUGCUGGGUCAGUUCCGCCAGAAUCUUCUGGCCCAGCAGCAGCUCCUCAAGAGCCAGCCCAACGCCGUCCUGCUUAAGCAGCAGCAGCAGCAGAUGCAGGCACGGCUGCCUAGCAACAUGGCCAACCCCAUGGCCAGCAGCAUGAAUGCCGCCAUGCCCGGCAGCAUGCAGGGCGGCAUGCCCACGCAGACGCAGUCCUGGCAGCAGCAGCAGCAGCAACAGCAGGCGGGCAUGCAGCAGGGCAUGGGUGCCCAGGCCUCGUCCAGCAACGGAGGCAUGCCCGCAGGCUUCCCCAACCAGGGCUUCCACAUGCAGCCGCGCAUGCCGAAGAUGCCCACCAACGGCCCUUUCGGGCAGCCUGGCAUGGGCGGCAGGCCCAUGGCGGGCAUGAACCCGGGACAGAUGAUGCCCGGCAUGCCCCAGCAAAGGACCAACAACCCCUCACUGGGGCAGCAGCCGGGGCAAGCGCAGCCUCCACCUCAGGCCCAGCUGCCUGACCUGUCGGCCUUCGGGCAGCCGCAGCCUGGCGGCGUGCCCAACCGCACAGCCGGCAUGCCCUGCGGCCAGGGCUACCAGGUCAAUAGGACGUCUGGCCAGCAGCUGCCAUUUGGCUACAACCCGGCCCAGUCAGGCGCCAACCUGCCCAGCUUCCCAGGUGAGAGCGACCUGGUGGACUCACUGCUGAAGGGGCAGGCCACGCAGGAGUGGAUGGACGACUUGGACGAGCUGCUGGCCAGUCACCCGUGAAGUAGCCAGGGGCAGAGGCUGAAGGGGGGGGCCAGCAGCUUAUAACUGCCUCUGAAAGGGGGCCAGCUCUGCGGACAAACAGUCAGUGACUGCCCAGCGUGAACACCCAUCCCAUUUUUACACGCAAUCUGCUCUCUGUGAAAUUAUCUACGUGCUUCUGAGAUUGGACUCUUAAUCUGCCUGAGAAACCCCCUCGAUGGACUGCCUUCAGCUAAAGCAUUUGCGUAUGUGUGCGUGCACCUGUGUGUCUGUAUUUGUAUAUGUGUGAGUGUAUGUAUAUACCAGGUGUAUAUAACAAAGAGUUUGAAGGGAUUAUAGGGCCCAAGGCCUGAGAACAGUAACUAUUCCCGAGCCAGGGGAAGAAAAAAAAAAGAUAAACAUUUUUAAAAUGAAAGAAACACUACUACUGAACCUGUGGCUCAGUACUAAACCACUGAAUCCCAGCACAACACAAAGGGUUAAACAGCCUGUAAGCAGCCCCGCAUAUUGUACUGGAAGUCCCAUAUCACAGUUGCCUCCUCUUGACGGUUCUCGUGCAGUUGAAUGGUUGGUUAGAGUUCUGUAUUUCGUUGCCUUCUUUCCCCUCUGAUUUUGGAGUCGGUGCCUAGGAGCUUCAUCAUGGCUGCAGCCAGAGUGCCUGUACUGCCUCGUUAGCAAGUGCUAACUAAUGUAAACACCACAUGCCUGCAGUCGCAUUAAUUUGUGAUUUUUUUUUUAUUUUUUUAUUUUUUUUUUUGUUGUUUUUUUCUCUGAGGGUUUUUCUAUCUGUUGGUAAAUAAACUUGUCACAGGAACUGCUCUCAUGAUUUCCCUCAGCUGAUGUCUCUCCCGUGAAGGAGAGUCGUCCCCCCAUGACAUCCCAAACUGGGUCACCUUGUUGGCACACCCUGUUGGUGUUGUGUGUUGGCACACCUGUUGGUGUUGUGUGUUUGCAUAUAGGUGUUGUGUUGCGCAGAUGCUGUUUGACUCGGCUGGUUUUCAUUCUGGUUCCAUUGUUUUCCAAAAGAAUAUGUCUUGUUUCCUUCUACUCUGUCUUGUCACGCUGUCUUGAUGCUGUUCCAUGCACUCAAUUCUGUAGGGUGAUUUCUGUUCGUUGCUGUUUAAGGGAGGCAGGGUUCACGUUGAAAACACUAAAACACUCAAAGCUAGUUCGGAUGAGGCGCGUACACACACACACACACACACACACACUUUCACUUACUUUAGUCAGACACACAUACACACUUUAGUCACACAUGUUACGCAUACACUAAGUCAUGUUGGUUUGUCUAUCUCUGCCGAAUAUUUGACUGAAUUAUGGAAUGUGACUUAAUGCUAAAACUAUUCAAUGAGUUUUUUUUUUUACACCCAAAAUGUUUUAGUUUUUUUUUGUUUUUUUUUUGCAGGAAAGAUACUUGUGAUCUUCCAGAGUCAAGGCCUUAGUGCUGUAGUUGAAGAUAUCCUGGUUGUCAGGAUGUCCAUGUAUAUUUAUAUAUAUAAAAAUAUUUUUUGUAUGUAUGAAUUUUAUUGUUCAGGAGAUGGAUCUUAUUUUUUUAUGUACAUUGAUGCCAAUUUUGUAAGUGUUUUAUACUUUUAUUAUGGUUCUCUGUAAAAGAGUAUUAUGUAAAUAUAGUUCACUAGAAAAGAA